AAAAAUAUCAUAGCUGAUGAUGAUUCACUUCACUUGAUAACAUUUUCUUCAUCUUCUUCCUCUGUUUUUUUGUUCAUAUUGCAGCUAAACCUCCAAAACACUCUAAUGGCAUACCACGUAAACACCCUGAAAAACCACUAAUCGUAUUGUCACACCAAAAGGGCAAGCAUUGUUUUUGGUGUUGGAGGCUCUUUUUGCAUGCCCCAUUAAAAUCUCCUCCUCUUUGGUCAAACUUCACACGAUACCUAUUUCUCUACUCUCUUUCUCUCUCCUUCACGUAUUUUCUUCCUUCGUUUCCUUCUUAUAUAUAUAGCCAGCAGAUUUUCGUUUCUGGGUCUUGCUUGCUUUUACCUGUAGUAGAGUACAGAGAGAGAAAAAGAAAAAAGAAAAAAAACUCAUUAGAGUUUUGAAAUGGGUUAUAACGAGACUGAGAAGACGAGAAACUCUGAAGCGAACCAUGUUAUGAUGGAGAUUGAGGCAGGAAAGCCAGGAGGAAAUGGGUUGGUGGCCAGUUGUGGAUUGAGCCCACUGAGUGAGACUCUAUGGAAGGAGACGACUAAUACAGAGUUUUUUGGAGAUGUUUCUGCUAGGCUCACAUGGAAGGAUCUGACCGUCACGGUCACCCUCAGUAACGGGGAGACCCAGAAGGUUCUAGAAGGUCUCACUGGCUAUGCCGAGCCUGGAACAUUUACCGCUCUAAUGGGUCCUUCUGGUUCAGGCAAAUCUACACUACUUGACGCUCUCUCUAGUCGCCUGGCCACUAAUGCCUUCCUCUCAGGUUCAGUACUUCUCAACGGUCGUAAAAGAAAGCUCUCUUAUGGAACUGCAGCCUAUGUGACCCAAGAUGACAACUUGAUUGGGACACUAACAGUUAGAGAAACAAUCUCUUACUCAGCUCAACUCCGUCUACCCGAUAAGAUGGCAUGGUCAGAAAAGAGAGCUCUAGUUGAGAGUACCAUAGUAGAGAUGGGUCUUCAAGAUUGUGCUGACACUGUUAUUGGAAAUUGGCAUCUUCGUGGGAUCAGUGGGGGAGAGAAGAGAAGAGUCAGCAUUGCUCUUGAAAUCUUGACCAGACCAAGAUUGCUUUUCCUUGAUGAACCUACUAGUGGGCUUGAUAGUGCUUCGGCUUUCUUUGUGACACAAACGUUACGUGCCUUAUCAAGAGAUGGCAGGACUGUAAUAGCUUCAAUCCACCAGCCUAGCAGUGAAGUUUUUGAACUAUUUGAUCGACUGUACUUACUUUCUGGUGGUAAAACUGUUUAUUUUGGCCAGGCUUGUGAUGCAUACGAGUUUUUUGCCCAAGCUGGCUUUCCUUGCCCUGCUUUGAGGAACCCAUCUGAUCAUUUUCUACGAUGCAUUAAUUCCGACUUUGACAAAGUAAAGGCCACUUUGAAAGGGUCCAUGAAACUGAGGUUUGAGACAAGUGAUGAUCCUCUAGAGAAGAUUACCACUACUGAGGCUAUACGAACUCUCAUUGAAAACUAUCGAACUUCUCAAUAUGGCUAUGCAGCUAGAGAAAAAGUUGAGGAGAUAUCCAAAGUUAAAGGAAAUGUGCUAGAUUCAGGAGGAAGUCAGGCUAGUUUCUUGAUGCAAUCCUUUAUGUUGACCAAGCGUUCAUUCAUCAACAUGUCAAGAGACUUUGGUUAUUACUGGCUCAGACUUGUGAUUUACCUUGUUGUCACAAUUUGUAUUGGAACCAUCUAUUUGAAUGUGGGAACAGGUUACAAUUCAAUCCUGGCAAGGGGUUCUUGUGCAUCUUUUGUUUUCGGAUUUGUUACAUUCAUGUCAAUAGGUGGCUUCCCUUCAUUUGUGGAGGAUAUGAAGGUGUUCCAAAGAGAGAGGCUGAAUGGGCACUACGGUGUUUGUGCCUUCGUCAUCAGCAACACACUCUCAGCAAUGCCAUUCCUUAUAUUGAUCACCUUUCUCUCUGGAACCAUAUGUUAUUUCAUGGUACAUCUUCAUCCUGGUUUCUUGCACUAUCUUUUCUUUGUGUUGUGCCUUUAUGCAAGUGUCACCGUGGUUGAGAGCUUGAUGAUGGCCAUCGCUAGUAUUAUCCCCAACUUCCUCAUGGGAAUUAUCAUAGGAGCUGGAAUUCAGGGUAUAUUCAUGCUAGUGUCAGGGUACUUUAGACUCCCCAAUGACAUCCCAAAGCCUUUCUGGCGUUAUCCAAUGUCAUACAUCAGCUUCCACUUCUGGGCUUUACAGGGACAAUACCAAAAUGAUCUUGCAGGGUUGAUGUUCGACAACCAAACGCCGAAUGAGCCCAAGAUAUCGGGCGAGUUCAUCCUGGAAUACAUCUUCCAGAUAGACACAAACCGAUCUAAGUGGGUGGACCUGAGUGUGCUGUUCAGCAUGAUUGUCAUCUACAGGAUGAUCUUCUUCAUCAUGAUUAAGAUCAAUGAGGAUGUGACUCCUUGGGUUAGAGGUUAUGUAGCAAGAAGAGUAAUGCAACAGAAGAUUGGAAACCAAAGUGCUAUAGCUUCUCCUGAGGGUCUCACUCAGUCCCCUUCAUUGAGGAACUACGUCAACAAUAGGAAUACAUCUGGAAAUUCUAAAAGAUAGACACAAAUUCAAAAUAUUAUCUCUGCUCGGUUUUAUACUUCUAAAAAUGAUUCAGUUUGCAAACUGAAUAGGUUAAUUGUAUCUAAUGCUAUGAUAUAGAAUCAAGUGAAAGUGUUUUUUUUUUUUUUCCACCAUUAAAUUGAUAAAUACCAAUUCCUAAUUUCUAGGGAUGAAAGGAUGUCUUUAAACUAGGUACUGGUGAAAAUGUAUCAAAGGCUCUUUCCUUCGUCCUUUACCAAUUUCAUAAUAUGGAAAUAAGAGUUGUACCCUUUUUUUCUUUU